AUGGACGAUAUCAACUCAGUCGAUACAACAACAAUGCUUCAUGAAUGCCUGCGAGUCUUGGUAGCAGUUCUAGAACGAGCACCGAAUUUAGACCAACGAACAUCUUUUCUCUUGGAAAAAGAGCCCAUUGUCGCUCGCGUUCGCCAGCUGACUGAAAUGGAUAGCAGCAAGCCUUACUCCAAAGCUCGCUUCUAUGUUCAAUUGUUUUGGGAAGAUGGAUCAAAUCCCGCUUCAAUGACGUGCCACCGCUUCAUUAACCAAGACUUUGACAUCCUGUCCAAUAGCAUCAUCGUUGAGCCUACACUUGAAUCCUUUGCCGUGUCUAGUUUAAACACCACGGGAAUUAAUAAUCACAUUCGCGAAUCAAAUGCUUACUCUAAGCGAUGA